AUGCGAUGUCUGCAAACAUUUCUGAAGUUCUGCCCACGGAUAAAUGGAGUGCCUGCAAGUGACACGAGUGCAUUCCCCUUUGCAGAAGCCCAAUGGUCCAAGAACCGCUGCUUUUCAAGCGCCCACCCGAAGGUCCUCGCCGAUCUACCUCCUUUCAUACAGCGCCAGUACGAGGAGCAAUUCCUCGUCACGCAUAGAGGAGCCUUGGACCGGGUGCUCUUCAACCUGGUGCAGGGGCUCACUAUUGCUGGGGUUGCCUUUGCUCUAUGCGCACGACUCAUCAAGGAGUCGCACGCGCUGCAGUUCUACGCUUGCAAGGAGACAUAUCUUCUUUACCACGAAGCUCUCCAGAAGAGCGAGAGGUCGUCCAUUAGGAACUUCUUUAAGCCUUCCAAUCCCGCAAGCGUAGGUCCCUCUUCCACUCAAGGGGCUGACCCCUCCCCCCCCCAGCCUGCACAAAUAACGCCCAUUCCUGACUUCGGCGAGUUUGAGUCCGGCACCGGAUACCGCAGCUACGUUCCAAGCACUGGUUACCUGACCAGUGUCUACCUCGCAGAGUUUGAGAGCCGCAAGCAGUGGAUUCACCAGCAGCUGGUGCAUGUUGACGGGCGAUAUGUGAAGCUGGACCAUACGUUCAAGGUAUGCAAAAUGAUCAGGACCGCGGAUGGGAAGAAGGCCUUUCUUGGGGUGAUGACCGUGAUGAACGAGUACGGUCAGAUUGUGUUCCAAAAGAUGACGCAGACGACAUCUCUCGACGAGGUUUCCGGCGACUUCCAGAAGAUCCGGGCUAGAUAUGCGGCCCAUGGCUUCCAGCCCAUGGAGAUCGCCUGGGUGGAUAAUCCCAGGACGACGUCUGCAAAAGUCAAGGCCUCUCUUGGGGUAGACUUGGUGCUGAACGACCCCUUGCACGCCCUGAUGCUUGUGUCGUGCACAAUUCCAGAUGACCAUAGUCUGAAAGGUUUGCUCAUGACCCGCAUGAGCCAGGCAAUGUUCAAGACAGUGGAAGGCGACAAGGCCCUACUGGUGGACUACCUUCGGAGGAGCGGGCUGUCAGAGGGGGAUAUUGCCAGGAAGCCGGCUGCAUAUUUCAAGCGGCACUGCCGGCGUGUCAUUCCGACCGCCACGGAGUUGGGAACUAGGCUGGACCAGGUCUUCCAGGGCCUCCAGUACGCGUACGACACGGCCACGGGCGUCACCCUGUUCAACAAGGCCACCACUCAAGCCUUCAUAAACGAGAUGUUCAUCCAAACCGGCACCUGGGGGGGGGGCAUUCCUUGCUACACAGCCAUCCGGGGCUCCAGCCAGCUCGAAGGCUAUCACCGCCACUUGGCACUUGUGCUCUCUGGCGCCAACAACUCCCCGCAGCUUGCCCACGCUCAGCUCUCCGACCACAAGGUCGAUUGGAACCGAAGAGCGGCAAUCACAAAGCGUGGGCAGCGCGAUUAUCUCAUCUCAGAUCUGCGCCGCAUCGAGCGUAUCAAAGCUGCGAGCGCAAGGCUGAACAUGGUGGACCCGUACCCUGAGUACGUGGUGCUCUGCUUCGACUCAAACGAGCUCUUUGGCUGCGAUGGUGUUCUUGCCGGGCUGGACGGGAACGCAGUAAGCAGCUUCGACAUGUUGAAGGAGGCGGAGCUGCCGAAGGUGGUGGAUGAUGGGGGUGCUUCACUGCUUGAGGUUGACUUUGACGAAAACAAAGAGCCCCUGGUUGCCCUCUUCAAACCAGAUGCGCCCCCAAUCGGAGUGCCAGUGGCCACCCCAUCUCCCACUGGAGCAACACGGCCGGCAGAGUUGGUCCCCCCCGGCGCUGCCGCGACGCCCCUCGCCGC